AUGGUCUCAUCCACACUGGUGGAUUCUGUUGAUGCUGUUGUCGUAUCUGAGAUAGUGGAGGACAGUGGCGAAGAGGUUUCUGUUUGCUCCGCAGUGGUCGAUCCUGCCAAAGAAGCAGUUGUCGCCUCGAAUGUGGUGAAUGUCCCUGAUGCGGAUGAUGUUGGCAUGGUAGUUGCUGUUGGUGACGUUGUUUGCUCCGUAGCGGUUGUUUUUGUGGUUUCAUCCACACUGGUAGAUGCUGUUGUCGUAUCUGAGAUAGUGGAGGACAGUGGCGAUGAGGAUUCUGUUUGCUCCGCAGUGGUCGAUCCUGACAAAGAAGCAGUUGUCGCCUCGAAUGUGGUGAAUGUCCCUGAUGCGGACGAUGUUGGCAUAUUAGUUGCUGUUGGUGACGUUGUUUGCUUCGUAGCGGUUGUUUUUGUGGUUUCAUCCACAGUGGUAGAUAAUGUUGUCGUAUCCGAGAUAGUGGAGGGCAGUGACGAUGAAGGAUCUGUUUGCUCCGUACUGGUCGAUCCUGACAAAGAAGCAGUUGUUGCCUCGAAUGUCGUGAAUGUUCCUGAUGCUGUUGAUGACGGCAAGGUAGUUGCAGUUGGCGACGUUGUUUCAUCGGUAGCGGUUAUUAUUGUGGUCUCAUCCACACUGGUGGAUACUGUUGAUGCUGUUGUCGUAUCUGAGAUAGUGGAGGGCAGUGGCGAUGAGGAUUCUGUUUGCUCCGCAGUGGUCGAUCCUGACAAAGAAGCAGUUGUCGCCUCCAAUCUGGCGAAUGUCCCUGAUGCGGAUGAUGUUGGCAUAGUAGUUGCUGUUGGUGACGUUGUUUGCUCCGUAGCGGUUGUUUUUGUGGUCUCAUCCACACUGGUGGAUACUGUUGAUGCCGUUGUCGUAUCUGAGAUAGUGGAGGAUAGUGGCGAUGAGGAUUCUGUUUGCUCAGUGCUGGUCGAUCCUGACAAAGAAGCAGUUGUUCACUAA